UGGCCAUCUGUUUUUUCUAUUCAUUAUCACAUUCCCAUACAGUGUGUUACUAGAAUAGUCUGCAAGUAACGUAACAUGCCGAUAUUGCGUGGUGCCAUCUUAAAAUUCGGAAUGAGGGGAGGGGGCGCACGUGUGACGAUUCACGUCUAUUAGCAAGGUGUCCGAGUAGCCAACAAACUGAUCGAAGGCCGAGGAAACAGUCGGCAACGCCGCGUCAAGUGUCAACAUGGCCGUCUGCUGCGAUCAAUGAAUUCGUAGUGGAAAGUUGUAAAGUGGUGUUUUGUGAAAUUAUGAGGCAUAAAUGAAUUAAAGGCCGAUCGUGGGGCAAUGGGCAAGGAUCAGGAGCUGUUAGAAGCAGCCAGGAAGGGUAACACAGUCGUUGUCGAAAAAAUUCUUGGGCAGAGAGCCAAAAGGAGUGGUCCGCUAGCAAGUUUGCGGAGGGGGCCAGGUGCUAAUGUCCAAGAUAGCAGUGGGUACUCGGCUCUUCAUCAUGCAGCUCUUAAUGGACAUACGGAGAUCGUCAAGUUACUAUUGGAACACGAUGCUUCGCCCAACAUCGUCGAUAGUAAAGGAUCAUCUCCAUUGCAUCUGGCCGCCUGGUCUGGUAACCCAGAUAUCGUUAGGUUGCUCCUGUCUGGUCCAGCAAUUUGCAAUGUCAACUUAACGACCAAAGAUGACGAAACGGCCCUCCAUUGUGCCGCACAAUAUGGACAUACGCAAGUUGUCAGCAUACUGCUCGAACAUGCGUGUGACCCAGGCAUUAGAAACUGCCGUGGGGAAACGGCUUUGGAACUUGCUGCCCAAUACGGAAGAUUGGAGACUGUCGAACUACUCGUUAGGACCGAUCCUUCAUUGAUACAAUGUCUGAAAAGGACGACUCCAGACACCGUGUUUCCCCAUACUCCUCUGCAUUUAGCCAGUCGAAAUGGCCACAGGGCCGUAGUAGAGGUGCUCCUACGUGCCGGCUUCAGCGUAAACAUGCGUACAAAGGCCGGUACUGCCCUGCACGAAGCCGCACUUUAUGGGAAGGUGGACGUAGUGCGCGUGCUGCUGGAACACGGUGCCGACACUGGUGCCAGGGACUCGCAGGGCAGGACCGUAUUCGACUUAUUGGGGAUGUUCGACACGGCGCACGCGCAGCAGGAGAUCGUCAAUAUACUCAAGCGACAUAAAAGAGGAUUACCUUUAGUAGACAGCGACGGGGAAAGUAUAAGCCAACCUUUUCCGACUGUGCCAAAUACAGACUCAGACUUAGGGAGCCCAUACGAGAACGUUCGUCCAUCCUCGAAAAGCGCCAGAUCCAACGCUACGGAUCCUUCGCCCAACACUUCGCCACAAAGGUGGGACUUCCAUACGCAGGCCAGGACUUCGCAGACAUUUGACGACAGAAGGGUCUCUGGUGUAUCGGGAAUGUCUGUCAUGAGACACCAGUUUGCACCGAAACGAGACGUAAACGAGAACGAAGGCUAUGUUCCAAUGACAAACUUGGCACGGCACUGUAAGCUGUACCAGAGCCUCCCUACGCGCAUGAAGCCUAGAUCUACGGACAUGUCGCCGUUGGAUGGCAUUACCUUUUUCUUUAAGGAGCACCUCGGUACUAAAGAAGACACCAGGAAGAACAGUUUUGUUUCUUCCACUUCGUCCUAUAAAUCUGCUGUAUGCUGUGGCCUGCAUAAUGAUAUUCAGGAAUCCGACAACAGCCUAUAUCACAUACCAUGUGCGCCCAAAGCCUUCAUGGACGGCAGCGCUCAUUCAGAGGACCUCAUCUAUCUGUCCACUGGAAGGGAGUCUGACCAGUUGAGCAUCUCGUCUGCAGCGUCUAGUUGCGGGUACUAUCCUAAACGACCGGAUAGUGGUGGUACUCCGCUGUAUAUCCCGAUGACUACGCCUCGUGGAGGGCAUAGUCCGGGGUCUAACUGCAAAGUCUCGCCAACACCUCCAAAGAAACCACCACGAAGGAAUAUAUCUAUUUCACCUACUCACGGGCAACAAAUGUCAAUGUCAGUGGAUGGAGUUAGCAACAGCGCCUAUGAGUACCUCUUCCUCGCUCAUAGCGGCACCAGAAGUCAAGGCAAUCUCAACGACUUUGAUAAAGAAAAUAGAAGAGACCGUCUGAGCCACGGCCGAAGUAUGGACCAAUAUGUGGAAAUGAACCUGUUCAACAUCGCUUUGGAGGACGAAAUGGAGCGGCCAAAGAGCGAACUGCAACGCGGCAAGAGUGAAGAUCUAGACAGCAGGAGGAAAGAACCAGUGGCUAUUACCUCUAUGUACGAGAACGUCGUGGUGAAACAGCAGAAUCCAAGGAGGAAGCUAAGAAGGAACCCGGAAGUGUAUGAAGAUUACGACUUCAGGCGGAGAAGUAAAGAGGAGCCGGUAGCGAGCUCGUCAGCUCCGGAGACGACGUUUGUGUCCAGUGCUUUCAUUAUGAUAUCGGGUGAUGAGGACGAAAAGUCCAACACCAUUAAGGACAAUAAGAAAUCGGCGAAAAGGGACGAGUAUCCCCUCUCUCCUACGCAUUACAACCAACCUCCCACCCCUGAUCAUCCGCCGCCAACUGCCCUGCAGGCGGAAAAUAUCAUUUAUGAGAAGAUUAGACCACUGAGUCAGGAGUACAAGCGUAGGAGCAAAGACAUGGAAACCGAAACGGAAGACGAGUAUCUUCUGAUCUGCGAUGAGUCCAGUGGUAGCUUUUCUAGCAGCGUUUCGCUAUCUGAUAGAAGUGUGGACAACAUAUUGGAAGAGUACCAGGCAGAUGUUCCGUUUGCAGGUCUAAUAAAAGGCUCGUCGAACAAAGUACUAGAGAGCAUCAACUCCAACACUCCGGUUGAGCGUCCAAAAACUCUGAAAAAGUUGAAACGUGUCUACGACCACAACAGCGACGGUUUCAAAAGCGAAAGCGAGAAAUCGUCUGGCUCUGAUAGGGAGUUCGACAAUAAAGAAAACCGGGAACGCGUGUCUGCGUUAAGCCCUUUCGACGAACAAGAAGAAUGGGCCAAAAUACAGGAAAUAAUGGCUUCUUUUGGUACGGGAGUCGUCCGAGAGUCGGUGUUUGUAGCUGAAUUAGAAAAAGAGUUCCAAAGCAGGCUGAUGACAAUCAGCUGCUCACAGAACAGCUUACAACAUACAGAAGGAACUCUCACUGUCGAAAAGUGGCUUCAGAGCAUUGGCCUUGGCGACUAUUCUGGAAUGUUUAUGAAUAGUGGAUUCGACGAUAUCAACUUUCUGAACGGUGUAUUGGAGGAGAACGACCUAAAAGAAAUGGGCAUUACUAGUGAAGUAGAACGCCAAAUUAUCCUAGAUACAAUCAAACAGCUGCCAUGCAAACUGACGCACGUAUUACAAAACAUACAUCAUAACAAGAACAAAGAUCAGAACCCAGUGAAACUCUGGCUAAAGAAAAUAGGUCUAGAGCAAUAUUAUGAGACAUUCAAGAAGCAUUUAUACCAUGAUAUGGAGAGAGUAAAGAGGAUAUGGGAUGUGGAGCUUUCGGCUGUGUUAGAUAUAGAGAAAAUUGGACAUAGGAAGAGAAUACUAGCAAGUGUUAGUAGUGGGGAACAAAUCACAACCGGCCCUAAGUUGGAGGAGAUCAAUUCGGAUACCUUGAAAAGUACCCGUUCUUCAUCUACCGAGGUACCUUCUCCAUCCACCAACUCAGAUAUAGUAAGUAACACUGGGACAAUAAGACAUAGGCAUAAAAAAUCGAGACCUGCUCCUCCUCCACCAAUCAGGAGAUCAGAAUCUGAGAAGCAAUCUCCAGCUGAGAUAUACGUUGGUGGGAGUAACUCGAUUAAGUCUCAAUGGAGACACCAACCGAUACUUCUCAUUACUGGAUAUGUUAAAUAUGCUGCUAUAUAUCUGGGCUCGACGAUGAUAAAGGAAUUCAGGGGAACAGAAUCUACAAAAAAAUCGAUACAGAAAGUAAUGAAGUCUAAGGAAACCUCAAGUGAAGAGAUAUGUCUUUCGAUUUCUUAUCGAGGGGUGAAAUUUAUUAAUCCUGUAGCACAGAAAUUAAUAUGUGAACACGAAAUAAAAAACAUGAACUGCGUUUGUCAAGAUAACGAGAAUCAAUGCUACUUUGCCUACAUCACAAAAGAUGAAGAUCAAUACUACUGUCACGUAUUCCAUGCUGCUACUCCGGACCAAGCCAUCGACAUCAUUCUCACAUUAGGUCAAGCCUUCGAGUUGGCUUACCAGAUGGCUCUACGUGACCAAGUAACUAGCAAAACAAAGACGCGCGAAAGCCAUAAACCAGCUGUAAGUCCUGGAGCAGUUUCUUCAAAUAGUCGCGAUUUCAAGGACGCAGAUGUAAAACUCAAUGGGCAUCCAUUGAAAAUGAAACCGCUCACGUUAUCAAUUGCCGGAGAACCACCUGUCAGUGGUAAUAUACAAAAGACGCCUACCAGGUCGAAUACUACACAAGACUAAGAACAACAUUCAAAUAUAUUCGAUACCUUCUUUUUUUGGUUAGGGUUUUGAAAUACAUAACAUUCCCUUCUAGCAUAAAUAUAUUAACCUUACCCUUGAAGCCAGUCAUUUGAAUCAAAUAAUUCAAUAUUAUUCAUAGAAACAAGCUAUUUAAAUGGUUUGAUAAAACGAAAUCUGAGAGCCAGUGAGAUAAACGUUGCUAAGGGACAAAGUGGUUUUGGUAUACAAUUCUUCUUAGUCACACGUCAAAAUGAAAAUGUCAUCAAUAUUUAACAAAACUGUAUAAAAACAGCCCAAAGAGCAAGAGGAGAGGUUAAGAUGAAAAGGGAUGAUAACUGUAUAGGCUUAUGAAGUUUAGGAAGAUAAGUAGAGUAAACUAAAAUUUUUGAAGGCAAGCUGUGAAGUGAAAUUUGCUGCAAAAUUCCUAAACGCAGAAUUAAAUAAUGGGGUUUUAGAGAGUACAGAGAAGAAUUGUUGUUCUUAGAUGUAAUAGUUGCUAUUACUGGUUACGUAACUGCGACAAGACACUGCCAAAUAUUCAUAAUAAAAUAUUAUUGAUUAAGAAUGUUUUGCGUCGGAGACAUGUAAGUUAAUCAUGAUCUACACAAACAUGACAAUUUGGAAUAGGUCCCUAGCACAAAUAGUUUUUUGAUAUCCAAUAUUUGGAAAAUAACAGAAGAACAUACAUGAGAGUUUACAUCAUGUAUCCAGCUAAAAUAGUUUUUUUUGUUAUACGAUAUCUGGAAAUAUAGAGAUCAUAAAGAUAAUGCUUCUAUGCCAUCAAUUUCGAGAAAGAGUCAGUAAUAUCAUAGAACAAAGAAGACUAAUUUAGUUAGUGUUGAUCAUGAGUUUCUCCUUAACUAUCUGGAAAACGAACUUCUUAUAAUCAAAACUAAUCACGAUUGUUUUAAUAAGCAUUCUCUGUAAGAGUAACUACAGGCCAAAUUUUAAACGUAUUGGGGAUAAUUUGACAAAGACUUUAGCUAUGCAGUAGUUGUACUUUUCCAACAAUCAAGUAAGCUUCGGUACUACUAUUGUGUUUAAUUCAGCUGUUUCACUGAAAUUAUCCACUAUAAGAUAAAUAAAGAACUGACAGUUAUAACACUAUACACAAACUCUUUAAAUGUAUAUUAUUAUAUAGUAUUGAUAGGUACUAUACGUAAUAAAUCUCGCCGAAAAUAUUUGUCAUCAAUUUAGAAACCGUCAUAUUCCUUUACGUCAGUUUUUGAUAUUUUAAUUUUAAGUUCAUUUUACUACUCAGUGAUCAAAGUUAUGGGAAUAAAAAUACGAUCGCUAUAUAUACUAUGAUACCAUACUCAGUCACUGUACAUUUAGUACUUCAACUUCUUAGUUACGACCACUGUGCUUUAUUAUUACUUGAAUUUUCGUUGUUGUUCUUUGAGUAGAUAUUUUAUCAUGAUUAAUCACUAUAGGUUGUAAUACAUUUAUAACAUUCUGUGAUUAGUAGCAGUUAGAAGUAAUAGUUACCAAAGGGUGAUCAAUAUCAAACAAGUGGAAUUACAAAUAGCAAAAACAUAAAAUCGCAGACUUCAACAUAUCCACAGUGAGCAUGUCAAAACGACUUUUCCACGAAAAAUAUUAAACUUAGAUACUGGGUGAGAAAUGAGAUGCUUGUUCACAGAGUAGCUAUUCCUUCAUUCAAAUGCAAAGUUGAAGCUAAAAAACAUAUUAAUAAGCGUUGUAAUGAUCUGAAUUUUUGAUAUGGGUCACCUAAGUAAUUUAUCUUAAUUUCUAAUUUGAUUAGUUAUACUGCACCGUACGAUUUUAUGGAAGUGGCUAAAAUGUUUGACAAGACUCUAUUCCGGGUACUGAAUCUCUUGUAUAAGUGAUUCUAAAUACAGUCUUUUCAUAUAAUUUUUGCUGCUCAUUUUUUUGAUAGUCCACAUCAUUAUUGUAACGUUGUAGUUUAUUUGGUAAUAAUGCUCAAAACUACUUUAUACAUAUUAGGGGAGCAAUAUUUUCUAAGGUUUUUUAUCAAUAUACAUGAUAUUGCUACAUGUACUACUUUUUUGCAGUCGUAGUUACAAACAUAUUCAUAUUUCUCUUGAAACGCAACUCUUCCAUUUUUGUAACUGUAAGAACAAAAUUAGUACUUUAUAAAUAUGGUGUAUAUGUAUAUAAUAUACAUGUUUAGAAAUUAUAUAGAAGCUUUAAAAUAUAUAUAUACUUAUGUAUUUAGCAGGGUUGUCUUAUCCAUAAGGAGCGAAAAAUGAGCAUUCAUAUAUAUUCAGAAUCUCCAUAAGCAUUCAAAAUGCUUUCGGUUAAUUUUCCUUCAAAAAGUAUAAAAAAGAAAAAUCUUAAAUGUUCACGUUGGAAAUGAAAUUCAGAUUAAUAUAUAUAUUAUAACCUAUCAGCCAAAUUAUUGAUAAAAAUUGCAUUUAUUAAGUAGUAGUAGUCAGUAUUAUUUUUGUUGCUGUUGAUUUAAUUGUGAUUUUCCA